AUUCUUUGUUGUUCCAAAGUAGAAAAAGCGGCUAACGACAAACGUUCAAGUACGAGGUAGUACGAGGUUAUGCGUCUAACUCGUGGAUAACAAAUAAGCAAAGUAUUUUCGAAUAUAUUUAAAGAUGGAUUUUUUAGAAUAUACCGAUGUGCUUGCAGAAGUAAAAGGAGCUAUGACUCCUGGAAGAUUAAAAUUAACAGACCAACAUUUGAUUUUUAAAAAUCAAAAAACAGGCAAAGUAGAACAAAUUUCUGCCUCUGAUAUGGAAAUGGUAAAUUACCAAAAAUUCAUUGGUACUUGGGGUCUGAGAAUAUUUCUUAAAAAUGGAACUUUGCACAGAUUUCGUGGCUUCAAAGAAGGGGACCAAGAAAAAAUUGCAAAAUUCUUCACACAAAAUUAUAAAAAAGACAUGCUCGAAAAAGAACUUAGCUUAAAAGGUUGGAAUUGGGGUACUGCUAGAUUUAAUGGAUCAGUAUUAAGUUUUGAUGUUGGUCAUCAUACUGCCUUUGAAAUUCCGCUUUAUGAUGUUUCUCAAUGCAAUACUGGAAAAAAUGAAGUUACACUGGAAUUUCAUCAGAAUGAUGAUGCUCCUGUAAGUUUGAUGGAAAUGAGGUUCCACAUUCCAGUUAGUGACAGUGUAGAUCAGGAUCCUGUUGAAGCAUUUCAUCAACAGGUUAUGGAGAAAGCAUCUGUUAUUAGUGUUAGUGGAGAUGCUAUUGCUAUCUUUAGAGAAAUUCAAUGCCUUACACCACGUGGACGUUAUGAUAUAAAGAUAUUUCAGUCCUUUUUCCAAUUACAUGGUAAAACUUUUGAUUAUAAGAUUCCAAUGUCAACAGUUUUAAGGUUGUUCCUCUUACCUCAUAAAGAUAACAGGCAGAUGUACUUUGUAGUCAGUUUAGAUCCACCCAUUAAACAAGGUCAAACUCGUUAUCAUUAUUUAGUAUUACUGUUUAAUCAAGAAGAAGAAACCUCAAUUGAAUUGCCUUUUUCUGAAAAGGAACUUAAAGAAAAAUAUGAAGAUAAACUACCAAAAGAGUUAUCAGGACCAACAUAUGAAGUUAUGGGUAAAGUUAUGAAGGUUAUAAUUAAUCGAAAACUUACUGGACCUGGAAAUUUCAUUAGUCAUUCUGGCACUCUUGCAAUCAGCUGUUCCUUUAAAGCAGCUGCAGGUUACUUAUAUCCUCUAGAAAGAGGUUUCAUUUAUGUUCAUAAGCCGCCGAUUCAUAUACGGUUUGAAGAAAUAGCAUCUGUUAAUUUCGCUCGUGGUGGAGGUUCUACCAGAUCUUUCGAUUUCGAAAUUGAAUUAACCAGUGGAGUUGUUCACACAUUUAGUAGUAUUGAAAAGGAAGAAUAUGGAAAACUAUUUGAUUUUAUUACUUCUAAAAAACUACGCGUCAAGAACAGAGGCAAGAGUGAUAAACUGAAUUAUGACAAUGAUUUCGGAGACAGUGAUCAAGAAGAUGAACCAGAUGCUUACUUAGCAAGAGUUAAAGCAGAGGCACAAGAAAGAGAUGCAGAAGACAACCAAGAUUCUGAAGAGGAAUCUACCGAUGAAGAUUUUAAUCCUAAUCAAGAUGAAAGUGAUGUAGCAGAAGAAUAUGAUAGCAAUCCUAACAGUUCAGAAAGUGAAAAUGAUUCAGAUGCUUCUGGAAAGAGUGAGAAGAAGGAAAAGAAAGAAAAGAAAGAGAAGAAACCAAAGUCUGCCAAAACAGUAUCCGAGAAACCUAGGAAACCUAGAAAGCAAAAGAAAGAAAGGGAUGCAAACAAACCUAAGAGACCGCCAACUGCGUUUAUGAUAUGGUUAAACAGCAACCGAGAGAAGAUUAAGGCAGACAAUCCUGGAAUUGCAGUUACAGAAAUUGCAAAGAAAGGAGGAGAAAUGUGGAGAGAACUUAAAGAUAAAUCUGAAUGGGAACAAAAAGCAGCUAAAGCAAAGAAAGAAUAUGCUGCAUCAAUGAAAGAAUAUGAAGCUAGCGGAGGUGGACAGAAAGAUAAAAAAGAAAAGGCGGACAAAAGCGAAAAAACAGAUAAAGCAGAAAAAAGCGAAAAGAAGAAAGUUGAUACUAAGAAAGAAGUCAAGCCAGCGACUGGAUCGUUUAAGAGCAAAGAGUAUAUUAGUGAGGAUGAAAGCAGUAGUGAUGAAGAUACUAAGAAAUCUGAGAAGAAACAUUCAGAUGAAGACACUGAACCUGAUAAAGGAAAGAAGAGAGGAGAUAAACGCAGUGCGGAGGACGAUGAUAAAAAGGCCAAAAAAGAAAAGAAAAGUGACUCUGACGAAGGUAGUGAUGAAGAACCUGUUGAAAGCACUCCACCUUCAAGUGAUGCAGAAUCUAAAGACAGCGAUUAGUUAAUGGUUUAACAUUUAUAAACUACAGUAUAAUUUUGUAUAUAUACGUGUAUUAACAUUUUUGAAACUAUCGAAACUUACUCUAAAUUUAGUAUUUUUAAGUUAUAAGAUACGAAUAUUUAAUAGUUUAAUUCUUUAAACUCUUUUUAUACUUGUAAACUAAGCAACUGCAAUUUUCAGUAAAAGUUGAUUCAAUGUUUAUUUAAAUGAAUCACAAUUGAAGU